CACGCCUAACGGCCGUGCCACCGCCCUCACAGUUCCAGGCUUCCAGUUCCAGCUCACCCCUGCUUCCUCGGGCGGCGGCGCCGCCGCCGUUUGGCGCACGCGCGAUGCCGGCGACGGCGGAGGACUCCCCGGCGAUACGGAAGCUGGGGCAGCUCUUCCGGCUGACCGAAGUAUACCUCUGGGACGAUUCGUAUGGCGCUGGACCUCACGAUGGACGGAAGAACUGGCGCUCGGCGGAGGCUGCUCUCGUGGACUCUCAUACAGAUAAAACAUGCAAUGAAGCAUCCAAUGGCACUGACAAAGGCCAUUUGUUUGUUGAAGAUUUGGAAUUGGCCAACCUCAUGGGUUCUUUGGGGCUUCCUGUUUCAUUCAGCACAAGUAAAGUGAACAAGAACACAGGCAACAAGGGAAAGAAAAAAGGAAGACAAGCACUGCUCAAAGCAGCAAAGACUCAAAUCAAUGAUGCUGUGAGGAUAUGUGCCAAUACUGAAGAUAGAGAAAGUGCUGUUGAAUCAUUGGAUGUUAUGGCGCACAUGCACUCAUGCAAUUUAUCUGGGACUCCGCUGGGUCACAAUGAACCCUGCCAUGAUGACACUGACAAGAUGCUUAGGGAAGACAGUCCUUGUGUUGAAGAACAAGAAGAGUCUGGCUGUAGCACCAUCUAUUCUUCUGACAAAGCCCCUAGCUGUGAUGCUAAAAAUCUGCUCACUGAACUUGGGACUUUUGAGCUUUCUGAUAACUUGGGCAACCCAGCAAAAGAAGAUUAUUCAAUUCAAGAAAAUCAAGCCUCUGACAGCGUGUUGCUAGAUUCUGAAGAGAUGCCAAGGCAUGACUGUGUUGAUGGUGAAUCUACACAUUCAUGUGUCGACAUUUAUCAGGAAGAAAGAGUGUCCACAAGGGAAGAUCAAACAUCUGAAGAAACUCUGUCAGUAUCCCAUGAUCAUAAUGAUGUUGGCCAAGAAGCUAGUCUAAGUUUGGCAGAGCCAUCUUCUAUUGAUGAGCAUGCACAAAGUUCUGCCAACAACUUUUACUAUGACUAUGGUGAAUGGAGGGUUGUCUGGGAUCCGUUCUAUAGUCGGUAUUAUUUUUACAACAUCCAGACACAAGAGUCCACAUGGUGUCCUCCUGAAGGAUUGGAGGAUUUUGCAUCAUAUUGUAGCCCAGAUACCACUAAAGAGCUAGUUGAACUGGGAUCUCAGUGUACAAGCAUAGCACCGCAAGAGAACAAUCUGGCUACUGAUGACAAUCAUUUAGAAGCACAGGAACAAGAUCACUGCAUUCAUGAUUUAUCUGACAUUCCUGUCGAAAAAGCAAUAUAUCAAAGUAUGAUAACUACCUCUGACAAAGCACAGCACACUGAAAAUAAGUACAGCGAUUCAACAACUAUUGUGUUAGAGAUGAACCAGGAAGUUACUACCACCAAAAAGAAAAAGAGAGUAAGGAGAUCUCAAUCGUAUCAUUCAUGCCAAGACAUGGCAGGGAACAUCUCCAAUGACAUCAUCAAGUACUGGACUCAGCGGUACUCACUUUUCUCACUUUUUGAUAGAGGUAUAAAGAUGGAUGAAGAAGGGUGGUUUUCAGUUACGCCAGAGCCUAUUGCAAAGCAUCAUGCAUCUCGUGUUGGUGCGGGAGUAAUCAUUGAUUGUUUCACAGGAGUUGGUGGAAAUGCCAUCCAGUUUGCCACAAAGUGCAAGCAUGUAAUUGCAGUUGAUAUUGAUCCACAAAAGAUUGAUUGUGCACAUCAUAAUGCAUCCAUUUAUGGAGUAAAUGAUCACAUAGAUUUCAUUGUAGGUGAUUUUAUACAUAUAGCUCCUCAUCUGAAGGGAGAAACUGCUUUCAUGUCGCCUCCUUGGGGUGGACCUGACUAUGCCAAAGUUGAUGUUUAUGAUAUGAAAAGCAUGCUUUUGCCUUGUGAUGGGUACUCUCUUUUCAAACUUGGUACUAUGAUAGCUUCAAGAGUAGUGAUGUUUCUUCCUCGCAACAUUGAUCUAAACCAAUUGGCUGACAUGUCCUUGUCUGUGGACCCCCCAUGGUCGGUUGAGGUCGAGAAGAACUUCCUCAACGGAAAGCUGAAAGCCAUAACAGCAUACUUUGAAGAACAGGAUUGUUGAGUCGCGCAUCGGCACUGGUGAUACAAAUCAUCUUGUGAACUUAGGACUCACGACCAAUUUUGGAGGGACCUUGAGUAUAGGACUUAGGACAUGUCCCUCUCCAAUGGAUACAAUGAAGGGGUCUUGGAUGUUUUCACCAAAGGACAUGCCCCUUCGCCUUUGGUGAAGACAGUAUUUGCUAAUUGAUCAAUAACUGUUGUCUAAUUCUAACAAUUUGCCCUGAGCCCAUGAUGAAACAGAAAUUUGUUGGCAGAGGCGAGUCAAGAGAAUGCCUAACCUUCAUUGGUAUCAUACAAAAGUAGCUCAGCUUAUCUCAAUUCUCAGCAAGUGAAACUGUGAAACGAAAGCUACAGGCAGACAGUCGAAAGCGUGGGAGUUAGUUUAAUUUUGCCCUAUGAUAAACAAGCAAAGCUUCCUGGUUUGGAUGUGAUUGUAAUUGUGAAAUAUCUGGUCCUGCGGGUACGUGAGCGGUGCAAAUGUAUGUAUGUGUCGUCCAUGUAAAUGUAAUAAUUGGGGAGAGAAACGAGACGGCAUCAUGGUUCCAACUUGAAAAGUUUCUGUACGGAUUUUCUGCCUUGUUUGGAUGUUAUUGGAUUCACCUUAAUCUACAUGUGUUAGGGUGGAUUGAGGUAGACAUGUGGAUUGAUGCUAAUUUGACAUCCAAACAAGGUCUAACUCUAAGAACAUAUCCCUGUAAUAAUUAUACUAACAUAUUUGAAGACA